GGGAGGAGUUUAGGGCUUUGCAUUGUCCCUGUUGCAAAAAAAUAGAAAGGGGUAAAAAGGAGGAUUGUGUAGGGGGUAGGAUGCCCCUGAGGCCUGCUCUGUAUUUACCUGCCUGCUCAUCCCCUGGUGAUGCAUGUGCACCUCCUUUUUGUUGAUCUUUAUUUGGUUUGCAUGAGCAGCCAGUAGCAGCAGGGGCACCAGGGCAGCCCCAGUGCAUCAGGGAGGCCUCUUGUGGCAAUAUAGAAGUGGGUCCCUGCCUUCCCCUGCCCCAGCAACGAAGACCUUGGAGUGUGGGCAAAGCCAGGAGCAAGGGAAAGAGCCAGGAGCAUUCCCCCCUCCUGCUCCAUGACAUCCAGGACUGGACACAGUACCCCAGAAGAGGCCUCAUCAACGUGACGAUCCAACUCCGACACUUAAAGGUCUGAGCAAUGAAGGAUGCUGCGGACGGAGGACUUGCCGGUGGCCAGUUCUGGAGGGCCGGAGUGCGGUGACCGGAGGGAGCUGGAGAAGCUGUACAUCUGCUCAGGCUGCGGCCUGGCCUUCACUCCAUCGUCAGGGCAACCGGGCCACAAGUGCGCGCGGCCAGAAGCGUACCCGCAGCAGGAAGAGCAGCGCCAUCGCCUCCUGUACCCGGGGCCGGAGGAGGAUGAGGAGGAGGAGGAAGGUGGAGGAGGAGCUGGCUCGGUGCCUGGCCAGCCCUUUGUGUGCGGGGGCUGCGGCCUGGUGUUCUCCCGGCCCACCGAGCGGGAAGCCCACGGCUGCGGCCACCACCUGCAGCGCCCCUGUCACUUUGUCUACCCGUCUCCGCCUCCCCCGCCGCCUCUCCCCCAGCCGCUGCCCCUGCCCCGGAGGCACGGGGUGCCCGGGCCUGGCAAGCUGUACCCUUGCCUGGCCUGCGGCCGGGUCUUCGGCCGCUCGUCCAACCUGGCCCGGCACCGGCGCAGCCACACUGGGGCCCAGCCUUACCAGUGCGGCGACUGCGGCAAGCGGUUCAACUACCCGUCGGAGCUGGAGACCCACCAGCGGGUGCACACCGGCGAGCGGCCCUUCACCUGCGCCGUCUGCGGCAAGGGCUUCACCCAGUCGUCCAACCUGCUGACCCACCAGCGGGUGCACACCGGCGAGCGGCCCUUCACCUGCUCGCUGUGCGGCAAGGGCUUCACCUGCUCCUCCAAGCUGCUGACCCACCACCGGGUGCACACCGACGAGCGGCCCUUCUCCUGCCCGGUCUGCGGCAAGCGCUUCAAGAGCUCCAAGGAGCUGAUGAUGCACCAGCGCAUCCACACCGGCGAGCGGCCCUUCCGCUGCCAGCACUGCGACAAACGCUUCACCCGCUCGUCCGACAUGCUGACCCACCAGCGGGUGCACACCGACCGCCGGCCCUUCUGCUGCCCGGCCUGCGGCAAGCGCUUCAAGAGCUCCAAGGAGCUGAUGCAGCACGAGCGGGUGCACACCGACGAGCGGCCCUUCCUGUGUGGCCUCUGCCCCAAGCGCUUCAUGUACUCCUCCAACCUGCUGAGGCACCAGCGGAUCCACCUGGAGAGGGCCGAGGCCAGGCCCCCACCUCCUCCUCCUCCUCCUCCUCCUCUCCCUGCCGCCCCGGUCCCUCUGCCAGCCCCCCGCUCGCCGCCACACCUCGAUGUUCUGCUACGGCCUGACUGCUGAGGGCGGACACGCGGGACAGGCCGGCUGGAGGGAAGGCACUGACGCUCCCUGCGUGGAAUUGGACACCGAGCAUCGGGGGAAUGAGGAACUUGCUCGUUCACCGCACUCUCCUUGCAAUCCUGGUGCACAGGCCCUCCCCUACACCGGGUUAUGGGGAGAGUAGGGAGCAGGUCAUGGAGAUCCAGAUGUGUAACCACUCCUCCCUCCAGUGAACCAACGUGGAGCACUCACAGAUGGAGCAGAGGAAGAUGCACACGUCGUCGUGCCCCACUCAAAGCCUGUGUCCUCCUGCAUCGGACAGUGAGGGAAUGACAGAUGGAUUCUUCAGAACGUGCCAGUCGAAAAUGAGAAGAUGGUGGAAGCUGUGUACUUGCUCUCUGUCACUCGCAUGUGGCUGUUGCCCUGUCUCUGGAGUAUCCCAAAUGGGCAGACCCGGAGAUUAUGGUCCUGUGAUGGCGUUCCCGUGAGGGUGGGUGGUGUUACUCAGCUGUGAGAGGAGGAGAUAGACGCAAAUGUCCAGUCUGUGGUCACCUCAGUAAGGUGAGGAGAGAGACAGAGAGAGACAGCGUGCCAGAUAGAGUUUCCAAUUCCCCACCUCUCUGUUCCUUCCUGCUGGCUGCGGUCAUGGUUCGAGGUUGGUUUCAGGCAACACUCAGGCCCCUCUCCUUGACAGUCAGAGAGAAAGCCAUGGCUCCUCGCCAUGUGGUUCCCGUGAGUUGGGCAGAGUAACCAAAUCCAGGCCCAGUGCGUUUUCUGGUGAGCUUUCAGAAUGCUUUCCUUUCUCAGUUAACUUCAGUGCUGUAAGGGCCCAAAGGUGGCAGUGUGCACAGUCAGGGAUGGGGAGAGAGGGGAUGAAGUUACGCAAAUCUUCCAGGGUGCCUGGGAUAGGGUUAGGACCAAGCCACAUUUCCCAGGUUUUGUUCAUUCAGUCGCUGCAUACUGGACAUUGGGACAGGGCGAGGAUUGAACUGCCUUCUCUGUUCAGUCCUCGAUCCUGCUCUGCUCCAUUCACUGAUGUGUCACUGCUUCCCAGCCCGCUCCCCCUCCAGUUCCUUCAACAUCUUUGUUACCAAGACAGUUUAAAUGUUGUGUCCACUUCUGGGUGCCUCGUUCUCUUUACGAUGGUGAGUGCUGGCAGGGCUGAAGGCUUUCAGGACUCAGUCCUGCUGAGAGCACAGAGGAUUGAGGGAGAUGUUCAGUCUUUAGUGUUAAAACACAGCUCAGACACAGGCCCUUUGGACCAUCCAUGUGAGACUCUUACACACUGUCCUCUUCAUUGCAACGUAGGUAAGGAAACUAGGAACAGGUGUAAGCCAUACAGCCCUUUGAGCCUGCUCCACUGUCCACUGUGAUCCUCUAUCUCAACACGAAAUUCCUGCUUUCUCUGCAUACCUUUUAAAAUCUAAACAUUUCUCAAUCUCUUUCUUGUAUAUAUUUCGGUGAUCUGGCAUCUGCAGCCUUGUGGGGUGUCCUCUGAAUAAAGAAAUGUUUCCUCAUCUCAGUCCUACCCCAUAUCCUGAAGCUGUGAACUUUAGUUCCCAGACUACCCCCUCCAGAGGAAGCAUCCUCCCUGCAUUCAGUCUGUCUAGCCCCUGUUAGAAUUCUGUACAGGCCCAGACGAACCAACUUCUACUCCUCAGACAGUCCUGCCAUCCCCAGUGCAGAACCUCCACUGCACUUAACUCAGCGGCCAGUAUAUUGUCUGUGAUGUUAUCCAAAUCAAUCUGUUCAGAGAUGAUAAAACACACCUUUCAGGAAUAGCGGGGGGACUUGGAGCUGGGUUUACCUGGUUCUGAAGUAAGGGCAGGACCACUGCACCACCAGAAGCCACCCAGUAUGUAGGGAGACCAAACCUGCACCUGAAAUUCCUGGUGAGGGCUCACCGAGGCUCUGUUUAAUCUGCAGUAAACAUACACAAUAGGUGCAGACAAAGGGCAGUUGGCUCCAUUGAUACAAUCGUGGUUGAUCAUCGAACUCCUUAGCCUGUUCAUGAUUUUGUCCGUGCCCUAUGAUCCCCUUCACCCAAGGCGCUACAUCCAACCCCUUCUAGAAAUCAAGCAAUGCUUUGGCCUUGACUGGUUGGUUGUGAAUUCUGCACACUCCCCACUCUGGGUGAAGACAUCUCUUCUCAGUCCGAAAUGAUUUACCCGCUUUGCUUAAAUUUGACCCCUGGUAUUGGACAUCCCCUGACCCCUUCCCCCAAACCGGGAACGUCCUUCAUGCCUUGUCUUAUUCUGUUGGUAUCUCUCAGGUUUCUAUGCAACUCCAUUCUCUAAACUCCAGUGAAUAUAGUCCUAACCAAUUCAACCUAUCCUCUUUUGUCAGCCCUGUUGUCCCAGAAAUCUGUCUGGGAAAGCAUUCACUGCACUCCCUCUUUAGCAAGAAGUUCUUUCCUUGAAUAAGGAGAGCAAAACUGUAUCCAGUGUUCCAGGUGUGGUUCCACCAAGGCCCCUGUACAAUUGCAGCAAGGCAUCCCUGCUCCUGUGUUAUAAUCCUCUUGCUAUGAAGGCCAAUGUUAGCUUUCCUAAUCACUUGUUGAACCUACUGCCCCCUGCCUCCCUAUCUCCUUUGUGCCUUUAUUAGACUUUGCAUCCAACAUACAUAAUAAUGUUCAGUCGCCAACUGCUUGUGUGAGUGAAUCUUGCAUCCUCGCUGCUCUCCGGGAAAAGACGUUGACCCUGAAUUCCUGAUUGGAAUUAUUAUCUUCCGGAGCAGAUUGUUUGUUUUCCUCAUUCAUUGGAUUUGAACCCUUGUCCUCAGGACAUCAGCUUGGGCCUUUGGAUGACUGGAUGUUCUCACUGCGUCCCCUCGAAAUUCUUCACCCAGUCCAGCCUCUCAUGAGCCUCAUUGUGAUUAAUGGUGGACUCUUAAAUGCCCCCAGAAAGGGUCUGGCAAACUGCCCAGAGCAAUUGUGGAUGUGCAGUAACUUCCAAUGAUCUUCCUGUGAAUUAGGUUUUAGCAACCCUUCCCAACCUGCCACUGGCUCCAAUCUCACUCUAUCCUUUGUCUGCUACAGAGUCCUAGGCCCAUGCACAGAGCCCCAAGCCAGGCCCCUAAUCCCGAUUCAGUACAAGUUCUAACAACCUCUCUGCCUUUCAAUUCCAUGUAGCUGGAAUCGAAGCGGUUGUGCGUAGUUAUCGAAAAUUUCCGAGAGAUUGAAAGCGUCUUGUCACUUUUUCUCUUCCCCACCUUCGCUCCAAUGAGAGUUGUCUUCCAGGCUGUCUUUCUGACCCUCUGCCCAGAGGCCAGUGAGUGGUCCACCGUUGAAGACUUUUGAGAUUGAGAUUGGACCUUCAGGGCCAAUGGGCGUGGGAUGGUGAGCGCGAUCAUACGGACUUUUGUCUCCGGACUUCCCAAUCCUGCUUUAAUCCUUUUUGUUGUGAAUCUACUGCCAUGUGACAAAUGAGAUCGUUAAUGGAAGAAGAUCAAGCCUCCUGCAAUCAUAAAAAUGAAGGAAGGGUGGGAAGAGAGGUCAAGGACUAAAUUAAAAUGGGGAUGUGGAAAGGGGAAGUAACUCCUAACCCCUGAUUGUGAAAGCUGGUGUGAAUUUGGCGAGCGUGAGAUUUCCUGCUAUUGGUGAUUUGUGUAUCUCAAACAUCCCCACCCCACGCCACCCCCACAACCAAAUCUCUCAGUAGAUCCGAUACCAGUUAUUGCCAACUGCAUCUCCUGGGAAUGAUGCACCUAGAUAUUCAGGAGGGCUGUCUUUUACAGAGCUGAAAAUGUAUUGCUGGAAAAGUGCAGCAGGUCAGGCAGCAUCCAAGGAGCAGGAGAAUCGACGUUUCGGGCAUGAGCCCUUCUUCAGAAAUGAGGAAGGUGUGCCAAGCAGGCUAAGAUAAA